CAGGAGCAGAAAAAAUCGUUACGCUGCUUUAAGAGCGUAACUAGAUUUUCAGCAAUUUUUGCACUCGCAAAAGUCCCUUCUCUCAAACAGAGGCUGAGCCUGCCAAGAGAUCCGUGCCUCUGUUUAUUAAGUUGGCUUGCACACAAGUUUUCAGCUACACUAGAUACAGAGGGGAAAAUAUCCAUUAACAAAUAAUGAAUAAUCAAGAUUUCCAAAGCUCCCUCUUUACCACUUCAGCGUUAAGAAGGCCAGUAUUAUCCUAAUGGACGGGCUGUAAUUGCUGCUUUGGGAUAUUUACACUGCUCAAAUGACAUUACAUAUAUGUCACUUUCCAACGCAUGUCAAAAAGUCAAUCCCAAAAAGACCAGUUAAAAGGAACCUGUUAACCUACCAAGUGGGUGGGAUUUGAAGCCUCCAAACCCACCCCGUAAUAAUUCCUUUCUUUCCUAUCAGCUAAGAGGAAAUUUGUCGAGAUCAAAUUUAAUGUAAAUUGUUCGGAAGCAGGAAACUCCGCUAGAAUAGGCACGAAAUAGACCCGGGAGGUUUACACGCGAGAAAACGAAGAUCUCUCAAAUUGGACCACGUGACCCCCGCACAGGUUCGGGAUCCCUAAUCUGAUUUUAUUUGUGUCCCUGUCAAACUCACUCAGACGCAGUGUUUGCAGUUUUUCUGGUGCGCCUUAAAAUCCGUGCCCCGCCGCUGGAGGAGUCCCUGGGCUUUCGGUGCCAAGGCAGGAAGCAGCAGAAGUAAGCAGCGAUUGUCCUUAAGUCACUGGUGCGCCAAAGUAACCUGUGAUGGGCUGGCAUGAGUCCACUGGACCGGGAAGGCUGGUUCCGCCGGCGGAGGCUCUAAUGAUGCUGGUGGCGGCGACGGUGCUGGUCUCCCUCCUUGCAGAUCAGUGACCAGAAAAAGGGGGAGAGUGGGGAGAGAGAGAGAGGGGGGGAAAAAAGAGGCGUCUACCAAAGCGGCUCAGACAGGCGAACAAAUGCAAGCCAGCCAUGGACAAUAGUAGCCACCACACGGCGACCAAAAUCUUAGCAACUUCUCCAGGCAGAGAGAGCCUGUCUGCUCGAAGCAACAUGAUCAGCACUUCUAAACCCCUGGCUUUCUCCAUCGAGCGAAUCAUGGCCAGGACUCCAGAGCCGAAGUCCAUUCCGGUGCCGCCCUUCCUCCAAGGAUCCGUGCCCAAAGGAGACCCCAAACACUCGUUGCAUCUCAACUCCUCCAUCCCCUGCAUGAUCCCCUUUGUCCCGGUGGCGUACGACCCCCUCCCCAAAGCGGGGGUGGCCGGAUCGGAAGCCAGGAAAGCUCACUUGGACUCCUCUGCCUCCCCCUUCAGCUGCGGCGAUCUACUGAACUGUGCCCUGAGCCUAAAAGGCGAUUUCUCCCGCGACGCCCUGCCCCUGCAGCAGUACAAACUGGUGAGACCGCGAGUGGUCAACCACUCCUCUUUCCACGCCAUGGGAGCGCUGUGUUACUUCAACCGCGGCGACGGCCCUUGUCACCCGUCGUCCAGCGUCAACAUCCACCCGGUGGCUUCUUAUUUCCUCAGCUCGCCUUUGCACCCGCAGCCCAAGGCGUACCUGGCGGAGAGAAACAAACUGGUGCUCCCGUCCGUGGAAAAGUACCCUUCCGGAGUGGCCUUUAAAGACUUAUCGCAGGCUCAGCUCCAGCACUACAUGAAAGAAAGUGCCCAGAUCCUAUCGGAAAAAAUCGCGUUCAAGAGCUCGGAGUUCAGCCGGAGCUCUCCCAGCAGCAAGCCCAAAGUUUUCACGUGUGAAGUUUGCGGGAAGGUAUUUAAUGCACAUUAUAAUUUAACUCGCCACAUGCCAGUCCACACAGGAGCCAGACCCUUUGUUUGCAAAGUUUGUGGCAAGGGCUUCAGACAAGCAAGCACUCUCUGCCGGCACAAGAUCAUACACACCCAGGAAAAGCCUCACAAGUGUAACCAGUGCGGCAAAGCGUUUAACCGGAGUUCCACUUUAAACACACACACCCGAAUCCAUGCCGGCUACAAACCUUUUGUUUGUGAAUUUUGUGGCAAAGGAUUUCAUCAAAAAGGUAAUUACAAAAACCACAAACUGACCCACAGCGGCGAGAAGCAGUUCAAGUGCAAUAUCUGCAACAAGGCUUUCCAUCAGGUGUACAACCUGACCUUCCACAUGCACACCCACAACGACAAGAAGCCCUUCACCUGCCCCACCUGCGGCAAGGGCUUCUGCAGGAACUUUGAUCUCAAGAAGCACGUCCGCAAGCUGCACGACAGCGCCCUGGGACUGCCGCGAGCCCCUGCCGAGCCAGGGCCUGACCAGGAGCUACAGCCGCCGGGCCCGCUGCUGCAACAGCCGCACCAUCCGUGAGGGAACUGCAAGCCCGGAGCCCCGCCGGUCCUACUAGCGAGGGAAGCAACCCAGAGCCCCGCGAUGCAACCAUCCGCCUGCUUCUUUGCAUGCACCUGUUAAGCGGUUUUGUGUAUUACGCUCUACUUGGCCACUAACAUUGAUGGACUGGUCGUUUCCUUCUUUUUGUUGUUGUUGGGUUGUUUUGUUUUGUUUUCUUUCUUUCAAGACUCGCUUUUUUUAACAUCUCAGGGUUAGAGAUGGUUUAAAAAAAAAAAAGCCAAGCCAAUUUCUGCUGUAUUUAUUGGGAUCUGUAUUAUCCGAGCCGGGAAUGCUGCACCAAUUAAUUAUUUCGAUGUGUGUGUGUGUAUAUAUGUAUGUAUUGGUUCUGCCCUGUCUUCGAUGCCCGCUGGUUGUCCCUUCUUGAUAGCUCCCCUCCUUCACCCCCUCCCCUGAAUAUCGUAUCGUUAUGGCCAGAGCUGGUUCACUAUGUACGGAUUUGAAUUUCAGUUUGAUUCUUGCACGUGGAAAAUGAAUUCGUUGACCUGGUGGAAAUAAAUACUUGGAGCGUGAUGAUUGAAUCAUCAAGGGCGCAUUAGCUAUUUACAUUAUUCAGCUACCAGACCAAUGAUCCUAUUAAAGAGCUGUG